AUGAGUGAGCAACCUCCUCCGUCUGAUGAAGAGCUGCAUAUCCAGCUCUUGUGCUCGCAGAGACGACUCGAUACGGCCGAAGGCAAUGACAUAAAUCUGCAAAAUCUAGACGCGUUGUUGACUAUCACAUCCGAUGAACUCUACCACGAACCGACGCAUUUCCUCAUGGAAAUGAUCCAGAAUGCAGACGACAACACGUACGGUAUUGGGGUUUCCCCUCUACUGGAUUUCACGCUUACCAACGAUGGUUAUCUCUGGAUCGGUUGCAACGAGAAUGGCUUUACCGUGGAAGAUGUGGAGUCCAUAUGCAGUAUUAACGACAGCACGAAGUCAAAAAGCGACAAAAAAAGAGGCUAUAUUGGAGAGAAAGGCAUUGGCUUCAAGUCUGUGUUCAAGAUAGCCGAUGUAGUGUGGAUCUCGUCCGGAAGAUACAGCUUCAAGUUCGAUAAGCGGGAGAAACUGGGCAGGGUCGCGCCAGUCUGGGCCGAACUACCGUGUAAACCACCAACCCCGUACAGCACGACUUUCUGCCUCCGGAUUGUAUCUGAAAGCGAGCGUAGCAGGCUUGCGACUCAGCUGCUAAGCAUGAAGCCCUCUCUGUUGAUGUUUCUUCGUCAGCUCAAGCAAAUUGGAAUUAACAUCAGCAGCUCCUACGGCUCUCAACGGCGCCUCCUUCAGAGAUAUGACAGAACAAUGAGUGGGAAGGAGACUGUCCUGCUGCAUUCGGGGAGCGAGUCCACAGAGUAUGUCAUUGUCAAGCAUGGCUUGACAGGCAUGCCUACGGACGAGAAAAGAAAAGGCAUAUUAGAUUCCGAGAUUGUCCUUGCCUUUCCCAUCGACGGUAGAAAUUGUUUCACGAAAAUCGAGCAAGAAGUUUUCACUUUCCUUCCUGUCCGCAAGUAUGGACUUCCGUUCAUCGUCCAAGCUGACUUCCUACUGGUCGCCAACCGUGGAGAGAUCCACGAGUCUCCGUCGUGGAAUUACAAAACCCGGGAUGGAAUCUCAGACGCAUUUCUUGAGGCUGUCCACUUGUUCAAGAACGACGAGAUUCUCCGUUACGAAUGGCCCAAGAUGAUCCCCGACCCAGGGCAAGCGUCGGGUACAUACUUAUUCCCAGUACGCGACCGCAUUAUUGAACUCCUCAGGUCAUCUAAAGUCCUUCGAUCAAGAGCCUGGACUUUCGAGAUUCCUUCCCAUUUGACUUACGUGCCUGGAGUUUUCCGAGAUAGAGGGGGCAUUCCUCUUUUCGGGUCGGAGUGUGAUAGAGCCACUACUCUGUGCGACGGCUAUCGUAUAUCCGAACUAGCGCCCUUGGGUGUAGCGAUCAUGAACGCAUCCAUGUUCCUUCGCAAGCUGGAGGCUUUCAUUGAGCGCGAACCUGACAAUUUCCGGAACAAGCCAGCUGCGUGGCACUCCAGACUUGCAGACGCAAUACGUCAACAUUGGAACGUCUGCAGGGAGUCUGCGAGACUCUUGCCAUUGAUUCCUCUUCGCGACCGUGUAUGGGUACACAGUCUGCAGGGGAAUAUAUUUUUCCCCGGCACUGACGGUGGACUUCAAGUUCCGGAAGGAAUCAGUGUCCACAUACUGGAUUUAGAAGCAUCUCGGGACCCUUCGAGAUGCCAACUAUUCGCCGACCUUGGAGUUCAGACUCUCGACAGGUCCCGGGUAUGCGAGCUGAUUUUGGCCCAGCAUGCGGGCUUAAAAAGGAGUCAAACUCGGAACUGGACCAAGGAUACAAUGGUGUCGCACGCUUCUUAUUUGUUCCAUGCCUCACACUUUUGCAAGCUACCAUCCUUAAGGAACCUGCAAAUUUGCGUCCGUGACUCGAAGUAUGUGGAAAGCGGUUUCAAACUGUAUUUCGACGUUCCAGGUUGUUCCAAUCCCGUUAGCAGCUACUUCCGGAAAGCUCCUACUACGAUUAAGCUCAUCGAUGCUUCAUACCUCCAAGAGAACCAGGGCGCGCAAUACAACCAUUGGAUCUAUUGGCUUCAAUCCGCCUUGGAGAUCUCCGGAAUUCCCCGCCUGGUCAAUGCUGAGUAUCAAAUGACUACGGAGUUCAAGUAUCUGAUACGCAAUGAGCCUAGCACUGUCUUCCUCACAUUGCUAAGAGAUCAUUGGAACAACUACUCACGAAACUUCGUGAUGUCGAUUCACUGGGGCCGGAGCCGGAUCCCUAUCAAGUCCUCAUCCGACGUGCAAAGCGAGCUCUCCCGUGCGCCUGUGCGAUGCCUUGGGGGUUACGAACGAUCACUCAAUCAGACGGUCCUGCCUUUGCCCGGUUACUGGACCAAGAGGGAGCGAGAGAGGCUGUUGACUUUCUUGACAUCGGGGACGUGGACGCAACCGACAACCGGUGGUUGA